CUGAUUUACAUUAGACGUCGAUCUUCUAGAAAUUUACCGGAUGUGAUAACGGCUGCGUGUCAUAGAGAAAAAUUUAAACUUCUACACGGACUUCAGCAUUGCUUUAUCUUUCAGCUUUGCCGUUUAAGAAGCGAACUGGAAACUGCAAAGGCUACGUUGCAGAAUACAUCAGAAGCCGCGUUGACAGAAACUGAUAAAGCAAAAUUAGACAAACUGUAUCAAGAUUGCAGGGAAAUGAGGAAAUUGAGGAACUCUGAAGAAGCGGAGGAACGUCAGUUGCUGCAGAAAACCUUAAUGACAUGGAAGUGUUUGAAACGUUUGAGACAGAAACAGGGAUAUAUUAAUACCUGUCUUAAGUUAAAUUUGGAGGAGGAAAAAGCUGAUUGCGAACAAGAUGAAAAAGAAUGGAAAAGCGAUCUGCAGGAGGAGCUGGAGGAAGCCGAAAACGAAACUUCGAAAGGGCACCAGUCUUUGGACACGGAUGCGCAGGAGCAGAACGAAGCCAACGGUACUCGGUAUGAUUCAAAGUUCAUGUGGUCCGAGAUAUGCUCGAGGGCGCUGAGGACAAGGCGUAAUCCGGGCGAAUCCGUGUUCAUUCCUCGACUGGGCAGCAACACGUCAAUAACGCCAAUCGACCAAUGUCCAACGUUAAUUCUAUAUCCACAUCAGCAGCCGCUAAUGGGUCAUUUUAGGAUGGAGAAAGAAAGAAGGCGCGAGAUCAGUCAUCAGCAGGUGUCACUCAAGAUGCCCAUUAUAUGCCUAUGGUUAAAUGUCAUACUGUCGCGAACAGUUACCGCCCACUGGAACGACGUAGGCACUCCGAUAGAUGGCCAUGUGUGCGGUCAUCGUGGACUGAUCGACGAUCUCUGCACAAAGAACGGGAAACAAGCAUCGUCCCAACAGUUCGUGAACGGAACUCCAGUUCACUUUGAGAUCGAUGAAGUCGCAUCGUUUAUCCCGGUGACUUCCGGCAUUCUACGAUGUUCCACGGAACUAUCGGCUGAGAAAUUAUUACCAUGCAAGAAGCAAGACAACGGGUCAGUUCAGAGUUUGAAAGUGCCAACUUCCCUGCCGACGCAGAACAGCACUGAAACUGGACCAACAGUUUCACAAAACACUGAUAUCGGCGAUUUCGAGAUCAGAGGCAGAGGAAUUGACACCGACGACCAGCCUGACGAAAACGCAUUCAUACUAGAAGCUCCUGAGUGCCAGCUUGCACCUUUGGAGAAAUUUACAUCUGAGCUGCGGUUUCGCAUCUUGGAAUCAAGGGCAGAUUCCAUACCUGAAUUUGCACAUCUAAAAAUGGUCCCUGCAUUUGAAAAAGAAAUAUUUUCCGACAAAGUAACAGCAAUGCUUUAG